CGUGAGGAUGGCUGCCAGCAAUGUCCUGGUGGCUCUGGCCCGGACACACUUCACCUUGGUGAUGGCCGAGCUCCAGGGCCACCUGAAGGCCGUGGGGGAGAUGUCGAAGGAGUUUGUGCUCGUCACCCUGAGCAAACUGUUCACCAGCUACGCUCCACAGUGCAUCUCCUUCGUGUGGCUGACGCUGGCCGGCCUGCGCAGUGUGGUGAGCUGGGUGAGAGGCGGCCGGACCCUGCGCAUUGCUUGUGCUGUUGUGAAACAAUGGCUGGAAGGAGUCAAGGUUCACUUGUGCUCUGGAAAGCAAUGCCCCUGGCCUGCCAUGGAGAGCGAGCGGAUCUACCAGAAUCUUUCCCAGCUCUUCUGCUCUGUGCUGAGGCACUGGCAGGACUGCAAGGAGGAAAAGGACAAACAGGCCGUCCUCGGGGCUGUGGCUACCAUGAUUGGCUGUCCUCCUGCAAGAGGAGCGGCCCCGAGAGCACAGCCUCAAUAUCUUCCUGGAGGCCUUAGAGGGAGUUCAAUCUGUCAUCCGAAGGACAAGUUUCUGGCCAUCACCAGUGCUGUGUUCUACCAGCUCUCUGAUGACACCAAGGAGCACAGCGAGGCUGACAGAGCAGAGCUGACCCACUGCAUCCCUGCUGCAGGGUAA